UCCCCCCGCCUUCCUUCCAGCGAACUGAGUCUGGGACUUGUACCUUGCGAGUCAAAGAGGCCGCGGCGGGCGGUUGGUCGGGAGGGGACUGUUUCAAAGAAGGAAGAGGAAUGAUGUUCCUGAAAUUUCUUGGGUUCCUCACCUUUCUGCUUUUGCCAUGAUCAAAUGUUUGGUGGAAGAUGUGCGCACCAGGUUACGCUCUGGAGUGGCCAUCAACUCACUGGCCCAGUGUGUUGAAGAGCUUGUCCUCAAUAGCAUUGAUGCUAAAGCAACAUGUGUGGCUAUACGGGUGGAUUUGGAAACCUUCAAGGUCCAGGUGGUGGACAAUGGCUCUGGGAUGGGGAGAGAGGACCUAAAUAAAGUGGGUAAUCGAUAUUUUACUAGUAAGUGCAACACAGUGGAGGAUUUAGAGAAUCUGAAGUUCUAUGGUUUCCGAGGGGAGGCUGUGGCCAGCAUAGCAAGUAUGGCCAGCAUAGUAGAAAUUUCAUCCAAGACAAACAAUACAGUGAAAACCUUUAUGAAACUGUUUCAGAAUGGGAAAGCACUGGAAGUUUGUGAAGCUGAAUUGACUAGACCAAGUGGUGGAACAACAGUAACUGUGUAUAACCUGUUCCACCAGUUACCAGUGAGGAAAAAGUGCCUGGAUCCCAUGCUGGAAUUUGAGAGGGUGAGGCAGAAGGUAGAGGCUCUUUCUCUCAUACAUCCUUCUGUCUCAUUUUCCUUAAGAAAUGAUGCUUCCUGUUCUGUGAUGCUUCAGCUCCCUAAGACAAAAGAUAUAUGUUCCCGUUUUUGUCAGAUUUAUGGACUGGGAAGAACACAGAAAUUACGAAAAAUAAAUUAUACAUCUGGGGGGUUUGAGUUAAGUGGCUAUAUCAGUUCUGAAGGGCAUUACAAUAAGAAUAUGCAGUUUUUGUAUGUGAAUAAUAGACUGGUUUUAAAAACAAGAUUGCAUAAACUCAUGGACUUUUUAUUAAGGAAAGAAAGUGUUAUUUGCAAGGCAAAAGGUGGCCUUGCCAACAGACAAAUGAGUUCAAGUCCUGUUCGGCAUCGUGGCCCAGAGCUCUAUGGAAUCUUCGUUAUCAAUGUGAAGUGUCAGUAUUGUGAAUAUGAUGUGUGUCUGGAACCGGCAAAAACUCUGAUAGAAUUCCGCAAUUGGGAUGCUCUUUUAGCUUGCAUUGAGGAAGGAGUGAAAACAUUUUUAAAGCGAGAACACUUAUUUGUUGAACUGUCUGGUGAAGACAUAAAAGAAUUUAAUGAAGACAAUGACUUUAGUUUGUACAGGACCAGAGCUCUGCAGCCUGCACUCUCUGAAGAAAAGAGCAUACAAGACAAUUUUAAGAAAACAUGUGAUGAUAUUGUAGAUUCUUAUGAAAUGUUUAAUUUGCAAUCAAAAACUGUCAAAAGAAAAGUGACUGUUCAGGAAAAAUCUUCAGAUCUCAUAGGUUCAAAUGAUAAUGCUGCAGAAAAGGAAGUCUCUCCAGGUCUGAUCAUUGGUAAACUGGCUGAUACAGCAAGUCCUCUGCUCAACAAAGAAGACACCACUUCUGAUUUCUCAGAAUUAGAUAUCUCAGAACAAGAGCCAAAAGAGUUCAACAAUCCCAAAAUGGUGUUUGUGAGCCGCAAGUCUUCAGAAAAUCUCUCUGGGGAGUCCAGAUCAGAAAGAGUAGAAAUAGACAGUUAUUCUGAAAUGCCACAUUGUACUGAGAAUUGUGUGGAAGAUGCAAGAAUACAGGAGGACAGCACAGCUCAGAAAAGCAGCAUCAACAUUGCCUUCAGAAAUGGUGUCACUCAAGGGCAGCAUGAGAGAGUUGAAGAUACAGCUGAUGGACCAGAACUUCUUUGGGGGGGAGCAUUGAUGGGAAUGUCUGAUGCAAUGAAAGAUGACAGUAGAAAAAGUAAAGGGCCAAAUAAUGAUGGUGGAGGAAGGGUUGUUAGAUCAGUACCACUGAAGUUGUGUUCCACAGGCCUUAUAACUCAUGUGUUGCAAAAUCAGCCACCACAUGAACAAACUGAAAUGAAUUGCUCAUUAAACAUGCAUUUUAAAUCUGGUCCUGUAAGUGCCAAGGACAUAUUUGGAAACAAGAUGAGCUUUUCAGUUCAGAGUCUAAAUGUUCAGGAUAUUUCUAGUAUUUUAAAUAAAGAGUAUACUACAGUACCCAACAGAGAAGUAUGCAGAGCAUAUGCAUAUGAGUGGUUAGAAAAUGAGACUGUAUCAGGCCAGAAGAAUGAGAAGGUAGCUUCCAUUACUGCAGGAGAUAGAAGGGAGUGUGUAACAUCACACACUAGAGAGUUGCUUCCUGUCACUUCCUUGGGUUUUGCUCAUAAUGAAAAUAAUCCAAGCAACAGAAGACAAAUGAUGGAGCUAUCUGUUAUGCCCAGAACCCAAGCCUAUAAGAAGCUGAGCUUGUCCAUACGGUUGGGGUCUUUAGAGCGAUUCAGGAGACAUUAUGGGAAGGUCAGGAGUGCACCAUCAGUAUCUAUUCCAGAGAAGAGGAAUGAAUUUGAACCUCCAGGUGUUCUUGGUUCUCUAGCUGAUCUUGACACCUUGAAGAAUCAGAAUAACAAUUUUGAAUGCGUUAACAUUUGUGAAACUCAAGUUCUGGAACAUGCUGAUUCUAAUAAUAGUUGCCAACCUGGUUCCCUCCUUUCCUUGGAGAGGUCUCAGUUCUGUGGCAAAGAAACUUUGUUAAACAGAAAAGCUCCUUGUGUGAGAGCGAGUCCUUUGACAUUGACUGACUACUCUCAAAUUAGAAGAAAAGACUUAAGCAGCAAUAGAUCACUGGGAUCACUAGCUUCUAAACUGUCCAGAAUGAAGGGUGACCACAAGGAAGUUUUAGCUACAGAAGUUGUGGGACAAGUCGAUGAACAAUUCCAAACAGAUUCAAGCAGAAAAGAUAACACAUUGCAUCUUUUGUCUCAAACUGAUGAUUUUUUGCAGAGUUCUUAUCAAAUGUGUCAAAGCUCCUCACAAGAAACAGAGGUAGACAAUUGCAUCCUUGCGUCUGCCUCUGAUGAGCAGGAUGCUCCCUGCAAAAUGUAUAGUACAAGAGGAGGGACCAUGGAAAAUGCCGUGAACCAGUCACUGCUCAUCAACACAGAUGGGGAGUACAUAGCCACCACAAGCAGUGGUUUGGCAUUACACAGUGAAAAGAGUUAUUCUGAGGGCAUCCAUAAAGAUGGAAAUAUUGUGGAUGUAUCUUCAAAGCAGACUUCAAAAGCCACUGAGCUUCCCAGUGUAACUUUGUCAAGUGGUUUGGAAGUACCUGGAGAUGUCACAAAUGCAGUUCAGUCUAAAAAUGAGGAAUCAAUAUCGUGUUCUGUCUGGAUGCAACGUUUUGAUGUUUCACUGGGUAAGAUGGUAUACGUCAAUAAAAUGACUGGACUAAGCACCUACAGUACUCCUCCAACUGAAGAACUUCAGGCUGCUUGUACUAAAGAUAUAACUACAAUGGCUGUGAAUGUUGUCUUACAGAGUGGGUUUCAGUGCAGGUGCCAUCCUUUUAGAAGUGAGCUUGUUCUACCCUUCCUUCCUAGACCUCGGGAAGAGAGGAUUCUGGCAAGCCAGGAUUUCAGAGAUGCUGAUGGGGAGUCUCUACAGUCCUUGUUUUCAGAGUGGGAUAAUCCUGUAUUUGCUCGCUGCCCAGAGGUUGCUGUUGAUGUGAGCAGUGGCCAGGCUGGCAGUCUGGCUGUGAAAAUUCAUAAUAUCUUAUAUCCCUAUCGUUUCACCAAGGAAAUGAUUAAUUCAAUGCAGGUUCUUCACCAAGUGGACAAUAAAUUUAUUGCUUGUUUAAUCAACACUAGGAGUGAAGUGAAUGCAGAUGCAGAUGGAAACCUGCUGGUGUUGGUGGAUCAGCAUGCAGCCCAUGAGCGUAUCCGCUUGGAGCAACUUAUUGCAGAUUCCUAUGAGAAGCAACCUGAAGAAUCUGGCAGGAAGAAAUUGCUGUCCUCCACCAUCUGUCCCCCACUGGAGAUUGAAGUAACAGAGGAGCAGAGAAGACUCUUACGGUGCUGCCACAAAAGCCUGGAGGAAAUAGGCCUUGAAUUAUCAUUUCCAGAGAACAACAGCUCCCAGAUUCUAGUUGGGAAAGUGCCCCUGUGUUUUAUGGAGAGAGAGGCCAAUGAAUUACGACGGAAAAGACAGCCUGUGGCUAAAAGCAUUGUGGAGGUUAGUCCUGGAUGCAGAACUUGAGCAAAUUACGUUGUAAUGGUGUCAUUCUGCUCUAUAUUAAUGGUGCAGGGUGUUGGAAGAGUGGCUCCUAAGUGAAAAAGCUAAAGAGAGCCCUUGCUAUGCUUUCAGUAGAAUAUUUAUCCAUGUCCGCUGGCCUCAGGACUGGGUCUUUGCUGGUGUACUUUUCAUCUUAAAUGAGAAAGUAGCUCCUCCUGAAAAAGAAAGGAGCAUGACUUACUAAUGCUGUUCUGUCCCUCCGGGAUAAAACAGCAAAGAUUUACUUAUUAAUUGCAUAAGAGGCUACAUGGAUGGAUGGAGAGACUAUUAUUUUAAGUUUAAUACAACUAAAAUGAGACUCCCUAGUACAGAGGCUAGUGUUCAGUAGUGUGGGCAACAAGGUUGGUUAAGAGGGGUCCUGCUAUUUCUGGUGAAGAGGAGUGGGCCACCAGCCUCUCUCCCCUAGAUCUGUGUGGCAGCAGAAUUGAUAAUACAUACCAUCUCAUGUGCCUUAGACAGAGAGGCAAUGUUAAUAGAGCACUAGACUGGGACUCAGGAGAGCUCAGUUCUAUUCCCAGUUUGGCCCUGGCCUGCUGGCAUGUGACCCGGGGCAAGUCACCUCACCUCUCUCUGCCUCAAUUUCCCUGUAAUAAUAAUGAUGUUCCUUUGUAAAGUGCUUUGAGAUCUACUAAAAAAAGCACUAGAUUAUAAUUUAUUAUUAUUGAGCACAAUUAGUGUUAAGCAGUGGUGUUUGUUUUCUUUUAGUCCCAUAACUAGGCUAACUCUAAGUCUAUAACUGACAUAAUUAGGGAUGAUUGCAGAUUUGGGGAAAUGGAUGAAAUAAAAAUCAUAGUGGGUGAGUUGCAAGGAGGAUUGCAUUUAAAGAUGAGAACACAUUAAAACAUUAUUGUUUCAAAAACUCUCUUGCUCCAGUUGUAUCUGUGUGGCUUUCAGUUGCACCUGGGAGGAGUU